AUGUGUAACGGAAUCGGAUCCUAUCUGCAGCGAAAUCUGAUCCUAUCUGCUGCGGAAUCAGAUCCUAUCUGCUGCGGAAUCAGAUCUUAUCUGCAGCCGAAUCAGAUCCUGUUUGCAGCGGAAUCAGAUCUUACCUGUAGCGGAAUCAGAUCCUGUCUGCAGCGGAAUCAGAUCUUAUCUGCUGCGGAAUCAGAUCCUAUCUGUAGCCGAAUCAGAUCUUAUCUGCAGCGGAAUCAGAUCCUGUCUUCAGCGAAAUCAGAUCUUAACUGCAGCGGAAUCAGAUUCUAUCUGCAGCGGAAUCAGAUCAUAUAUGUAACGGAAUCAGAUCCUAUCUGUAAUGGAAUCAGAUCCUUUCUGCGGCCGAAUCAGAUCCAGUCUGCAGGAGAAUCAGUUACUAUCUGCAGCGGAAACAGAUUUUAUCUACAGUGGAAUCAGAUCCUGUCUGCAGCGGAAUCAGAUCUUAUCUGCAGCCGAAUCAGUUCCUGUCUUCAGCUGAAUCAGGUCCUAUCUGCAGCGAAAUCAGAUCCUAUCUGUAAUGGAAUCAGAUCCAAUCUGCAGCGGGAUCAGAUCCUAUCUGAAGCGGUAUCAGAUCUUAUCUGCAGCGGAAUCAGAUCCUGUCAUCAGCGGAAUCAGAUCUUAUCUGCAGCGGAAUCAGAUCCUAUCCGCAGCGGAAUCAGAUCUUAUCUGUACCGGAAUCAGAUCCUAUCCGCAGCAGAAUCAGAUCCUAUCUGUACUGGAAUCAGAUCAUAUCUGUAA